AUUCGGGUCAAGACCCUUCUUCAAACAGAGUCGGGGAGAGGGAAACUUGAGGUAUGGAAAGGUCUAUGAUGGUAACAUUGAGGACCACACCUUACCUGCCCUGUUAUCUGAAGACUUUGGAAAAUAAUUAAGGAAGAAUUUCAUGCUGAAAAUGAGAGGAGAGAUAUGCACUCAAGAGUGCAGGAUGCUAUCCAACUUCUGUGACUGUACAAAUAUGAAGCUAUAACUUUAUCCAGAUGAUGUGUUUGCCAAAUGUAAUGGAAGAUGCACUCAGCAGCUUGAUAUGGUUAAAUUACAUGGUUGAACAAGUUCUGCAUUUAGAAAGUGAAGUCACUAUGGCAAGGAGAGUAUUUUUUGAUAUGAAUUAUUCGAAAACAUAUUCACCCAACAUGGAUAACAUUUGCCUAAGGUGUGAUAUUUUAGAGGUACAAUAACACCUCUGCUUUUCUUGUCAGGAUCUUAACUAUCAAGAUUCUGAAAAAUGGACUCAUCGAAAUACCUUUUGGAACCUAAAGGAGUUUCUCAGAUACAUUCAAAGGAGAAUCCUCUGGCACAAGUUAUCCGAUCAAAGCUCAUUCAGGACUUCAAUUUGUUGGAUCAUUUACAAGGAUUAAUCAUCAAUGAUCCAAAAUAUAAUAUGAAUGACAUUAAAGACCCAAAAAAGUUGACUAGGUUGAUGAUUGAAGAUCCACUGCAACUGGUGCGUUUUGAUUUCAAUCCAGUCCGGAAUAUAAAUGUUUCCUCAAAUGACCGAGAGAGAAAUUGUCUAAAGAAUCGCUAUGUCAAAUACCCACCACUCAACAUGUGGGCACAGUGGAUUUUAGAGAGUUUAUUUUUCAAAAAUAUGAUUCUGUAUCUCAUUAUCAUCAAUAUAAUUGUGUUCGGCGUGUUAGCAGAUGUGUCUUCCCAGCCUGGAAUGAAAUACACUAUUUUAACGAUCAUGUUAGUCAUCAUCGACUGGUCCAUCCUUUCAGUUUUAGUGUGCGAAAUCAUCCUCCGGUGGCUUCAAGACUUUGUCAAAUUUUGGAGCAGCGGCUGGAAUGUCUUUGACUUGAUAGUACUAAUCAUUUCUAUUAUUCCGGAGGUCAUCAAUCAAACUCAUCUCAAAAUCAGCAUCGAACUCUACUUUUUAAAAGUUUUUCGAAUCCUCAGGGUUUUACGUUCUUUGAAGAGAAUGAGAAAAUUUCAUCAAGUGCGACUGCUUUUAUUGGCAAUGACAAAAGCAUUAAAGGCAAUGACUUUCAUCUUGAUGUUAGUGCUGUUAUUUGCCUAUGUGUUUGCAAUAGUUGGAGUGUCACUUUUUCGAAUCUACACAGAAUCUGGCAACCCAGGACGUGAAUAUAAGUUCGCUUUUGUUAAUAUCCUGCACACAUUGCAGACCCUAUUUCAGUUGUUUACUCUGGACCAUUGGCACGCAUUGCUCAUCGACAUAUGGAAAGUAGAUGAGGUUGACAAAAUUGCAAGUGGCAUCUACAUAAUAUUCUGGAUCCUGAUCGGCUCUUUCAUAUUCAGAAAUAUAAUUGUAGGAAUAAUGGUGAGCAAUUUUCAGACCAUAAGAAAUGAUCUAUCAGCACAAGUUCAGCAGCUUGAAGACCAACGAAAGGCAGAACAAUUUAAAUUACAAAUUAUGCAGAGGAGAAUGAGUCAGUCAUUAACUUUCACCAAAGCAGAUGGAGCUAUGGAGUCUGAAUUCUCUGCACCCAGUGAAAUUAAUAUAAAGGGGAGCAGUCACAAUAGCUAUUCAAGUGAUAUCUCCUUCAAGCCCACGGGUAAAGAUUGGGAGAGCUAUGUCCGUAUCAACAUCAAACUGAUGAAGUUUAACCCAACAAGAGAGAAGGUUAUUUGGCCAAGGGACUCCUUGUUUCGCUAUUAUGAACUGUUGGAGCAACUUCAAUAUAAUCUGGAGGAACGGAAGACCCUGCAAUUUAUAGCAGCUCAAGCCCUCAUGAAUAUACAUGAUAUAUAAAAUGACUUCAUGUUCACGGAAAUUAAAUUUGUUAUUGAUAAAACCUGUAGUACUAAUAUUUGUUAAAUGUCUUUUCACCUUCUAUUGUUGCAUUACAUUUUCAAUUCCAGUUAGUUUGCCAUAUAUUUGAAUGAGACACUUAUACAAGCAUGAGUGAAUUUGCAACAUUAUCCCCAUGUAAAGAUCAUAUGUUCAAAAGAAAGUCUUGACAACUUCA